GCACCCGCCCCCGCGCGCCCUACGCUCCCGCCCUUCCUCGUCGCCGCCCAGCCUGCCAGGCCUUUUGCGAACAUGGCGCUUGUCCCGUGCCAGGUGCUGCGGGUGGCGAUCCUGCUGUCCUACUGUUCUAUCCUGUGCAACUACAAGGCCAUCGAAAUGCCCUCGCAUCAGACCUACGGCGGGAGCUGGAAAUUCCUGACGUUCAUUGAUCUGGUUAUCCAGGCUGUCUUUUUUGGUAUUUGCGUGCUGACUGAUCUUUCCAGUCUUCUGACUAGAGGAAGUGGGAACCAAGAACAAGAAAGGCAGCUCAAGAAGCUUAUCUCGCUCCGGGACUGGAUGUUAGCCGUACUGGCCUUUCCUGUCGGGGUUUUCGUUGUAGCGGUGUUCUGGAUCAUUUAUGCCUAUGACAGAGAGAUGAUUUACCCGAAGUUGCUUGAUAAUUUUAUCCCAGGGUGGCUGAAUCACGGAAUGCACACAACAGUUUUGCCCUUUAUAUUAAUCGAGAUGAGGACAUCACACCAUGCGUAUCCCAGCAGGAACAGCGGACUCGCCGCCAUAUGUACCUUCUCUGUUGGCUAUAUAUUAUGGGUGUGCUGGGUGCAUCACGUAACUGGGAUGUGGGUGUAUCCUUUCCUGGAACACAUUGGCCCAGGAGCCAGAAUCAUCUUCUUUGGGUCUACAACCAUCUUAAUGAACUUUUUGUACCUGCUGGGAGAAGUUCUGAACAGCUAUAUCUGGGAUACACAGAGAAGUAAGUAUUGUUUAGGGGAGCAUAAAGCAGGAGAACUGCUGUCUAAAAGAGUGUGUGCCGACACUGAAGGAAAAUUCCAUUGUAGCCAAGGAUCACUUAUGAAGAGUUUCAUUUUUAUAACUACACAGUGUUAAUUUAAGAGCCGCUGGCAGUUACCUGAAAGGUUUAUUACUCACUUUGUCUUAUUAGCUAGUAAAACAUCCAAAUCUCAGAGAAAAGAAGCAUGUCUAUAAAAUUUUAUAGGGAGAAAUGUAGCGUUAACAACAACAACAAAAAUUUAGGAACUUCACUCUGAUCAGAAAAUACUGCUUUAGCUAAAGGGACCUCCCCCAAUUAAAUAGAUAAAAUAUUAAAUGUAACCAAAUAGUCUCAUUAAAAGCCACCCAGACCUCCGCUUCUUACACCAUCCCUUGUGUGGGUGCAGUAGCUUCAGAGAGGUCUCCCCCACUGUUCUGCUAGAACCCCAAGCAGCUCAGACUACCUGUGGCCACUGUGAUUCACCAGUGACUGUCAUAUUCAAGGGCUGGAGGUGACAAAGAGGUACAGGCAGUAAAGGUAAUAAUACUUCAUUGCUGUAGAAACUCUCUUAACCUAUGACUUGAUUUAUCUUUUGUUUCUGUUUACGGCAGCGCCUCUAUCUUGGCAAGGCACGUAAUCUUACCCAAGCUGUGCAAACCCCUGUCCAAAGCGUAUGUAAGAUAACAUAACAAAUGGGAAGGUGGAAAAAGCAACAGCACCGUAUGUAGUGGUUUGAGUCCUGCAUGAAAGUGUUUCCAAAGGCAAAAUGGUUUGGGAAUUUUGGAGAGUUCUGGGCAUCUCCGCCAAUAGAAUCACAACAUUCUAGACAUCCCUCGCAAAUGAUCUCUGUUCCACAAACACUGAGCACCCUACGUUGUGCCAGACACUGUGCCAGGAACCGGAUCUUAUUAGACAAAUAAAACACAGUCGUUGCAUGGUUACCAAAUUGGACUUUUUUGUGUGUGGACCUUCUAAGAUUGUGUGUCAAGGCAUUGGCCAAUGGUAAGUGGCCAGGAGGAAUUUAAGGAUUUCUUUUCUCGGCAGCUGGCUUAAUUUUAAUAAGUGGUCUAUUAGAAAAAGUGUCAAAAUGUUUCAUUCAGUUCAGGCCACAGCUUGGGAAACCAGAAAUUAAUCUUUUAAUAAUUCCUUCUCUGUUUAAUGGGAAUAGUAAUCUUUAUUAGUUAACUUAUGAAAGUAUUUAGCUAACUUGCAGAAAUAUUUUGAGAACAAAAUGUAAACAUUUCUCAGCUUCUUGGGAGAAAGGCCAUAUUUAAAUGUAGGCUAAUAUGCUUUCUAUAUGUUAUUCAGGAAGUAUUUAUGACUCUUUCCCCUUGAUUUAGCUUGAUUCCAAUGGUCAUUUGGCCAUUGUUCUGCUACUCCUAAGAGAAGAUGGCCUGAAGACCAGGAAAGAGAAAAAUCCGGUAUGGAUUCAUAGAAUACUGCUCUUUAGCAGCUCUAAGUGAGAAGUUAAAAAUGAAUAGUGAAACUCAGGGUUUUUUUAAUGAUCUGUUCAAUUUAAUUUGGGCCAUUCUCUUAAGUAAGGUUGACUCAUAUUCCAUAACUCAUUUUAGGUAUGGAGAUUAAUUUUAUCUACAUGGGACCAUCUAGUUAAUUCCACAAAGGCAGAUGUUUCAUGUCAAGUGGACACAUUUUUCUCAUCUAUGAGAAGGAUUGCAAACUGAUGGCCUCCCCCCAAAUUUACUUGCCAAAAGUUUUGUUAGACCUACGUGGUGGGAUUUUUCUUUUUGAACCAACAUUUAAAAAUUGGGAGAUUAUACAUACAGGCCAGAUUCACCAGCUUAUCAGAUACUUUUUUAAGAUCUGGCAACACCAGGCCCACCAAGCCCACUUAUGGCAACAAUGGAUCAGUUGCCCCCUAGAGCUGGCUCCUUAAGUGUUCCUAGUUUUCACCUGGCCACUUUGCUCCACUACAUUAGCUGCCUGUUUCCAUACAUGGUUAAAUUCGAAAGUGCUGAUUAAAAGCAGUAUGUGCCGUAUGUGUGUGUGUGUUUGCGUGUGUUGCAAUGAACUGAAUACAGUCAGGGAGAGUGUUAGAAUCCUGAGUACAUUUACUACGUCCAAAACAAAAUCCGCCAAGAAGCAGGGAUAUCACACGGAGCCCCCUUCCUUGUAUCCAUAAUGAUUUUUAAUGGCUUCACUUCCUCCACUUGGUGAUGCAAUGUUGACUUCAACUUCGAGACAAAAUCACAUUAUUAGAGAAUCAUUGAACAGAAUAGGAUAUUAGAAACCCAGAAAAGCUGGCUUUUUUACUAAGAAGCAGCUGAGCCUGGAAAUUCUAGGUGACCCACCAAUAUAGGUGGUGGCAGAGCCAACACCUUCUGCAUAAUGUCCGGUCCAGUGUUACUUUUACUGAGCCAUCAGAUUGUCACCAUUGGAAAUCCAGACCCAUGAGAGGCUAGAAACCUCACUAAGACCCAUGGACCUACUUCAUAAAAUAACAAAAUAGACCAACUUGAUAAGAACAAUGAACAAAAAGCCCUUAAAUAGGCUAAAUUUAUAUGUAAGCAUUUGCUGUUUUUAAAGAAAAGUAACUCUAAGUGGAGUUGUGACUCUUGUAAUGGUUUGCU